UCGAGUUCCCUCUCGCUCCCUCGCUACCACAGAAGGAAGACAAAGAUUGAAGAGUUAAAAAAUCUGUCAGGACUGUUGAGUUUGUUGUUUACUGUCAGGGGAUCGUUUGUUGUUUACUGUCAGGGGAUCGUUUGUUGUUUACUGUCAGGGGAUCGUUAAUUUCAGGACCUCAGAAUGGAUCCAAGAGGUGCUCCCAUAAACUGUACGGCAGGAGCUGUUCCUGUAAAAAAUGAAAAGGGAGAAUUAACGAUGAAGAAAGUAAAAGUCAGCAGAUAUGUGGCUGGUAAACGGCCUGAAUAUGCCAAGUAUUCCAGUGAUGAGGAGGAGGAAGAUGAUGGAUUAUUGGGAGAGCCGUUUGUCAAAGAUCGAGAGCUUGAUGAACAAGAAAUAGACAAAGUAUUCCAAAAAGCGGAAAAGACUGACAGAAGGUUGCGGAGACUGCAGGAAAGAGUGAAAGAUGAUGAAGAUGAGGAAAUGGAUGAAGGACAUAGACGUCGUCCACAUGAACCAGAAGUGAUUGCCAUGGGGGACGAAGAAGCUUCUGGGGAAGAGAGUGACAGAGAACAAAGAAGAAGGUUGCCAAGGAUGGAAGAGAGUAGUGAUGAAGAAGAUCUGGAUGAGGAGGCAACUGAGAGAAGAAGAGCAAUGCUCAGGGAAAGAGCAAGACAAAGAGAAACUGAAAAGGACUUAAUGGAUUUAGAGGAAGAAGCCAAAUCAGAUGAGGAAGAGGAAGAAGAAGAGUCUUCAGAAUAUGAAGAAUACACAGAUUCUGAAGAGGAAGGCAACCAAAGGUUUAAACCAGUGUUUGUGCGCAAGAGUGACAGAGUCACUGUUCAAGAACGUGAACAGAUGGAGCUUGAUCUUGAGCGCAAAGAAGAAGAAAAAAAGAAGAUUCACGAGGAGAGGGCAAAAAGUUCACGCAAGCUGGUCGAGGAUCUUCUUAGGAAAGAGUUACAGGAAGAGCAAGAAGUGGAGAAUGAGGAAGACAUUGUAAUCACAGACGACGAAGAUGAUGAAGAAGAGUACGAAGCAUGGAAAGUCCGCGAACUAAAACGUAUCAAAAGAGACAGAGAUGAACGGGAACAAUUAGAGAGGGAACGGCUCGAGGCUGAACGUCUCCGUAACCUGACAGAAGACGAAUGGAGAAUGGAGGUGAAAAAUAAUCCGAAACAAGUCACGAACAAAGCAAUCAAAGGCAAAUACAAGUUCUUACAAAAAUACUAUCACCGGGGAGCCUUCUUUAUGGACAAAGAGGAUGGUGUGUACACGCGCGACUUUGCUAAACCUACACUGGAAGAUCAUUUUGAUAAAACAGUUCUUCCUAAAGUAAUGCAGGUGAAGAACUUUGGUCGAUCGGGUAGGACUAAGUACACUCAUUUGGUCGAUCAAGAUACAACACAAAUGGAUUCGGCGUGGACUCAAGAGAACACCUUAGCCAUGAAAUUCCACACGAUUCGCGCAGGUGGCAGUAAACAGACAUUCCAAAGACCAAGCAAGAGAAGAAAAUAACGAAUGGGUUUAUACUUAAGUUGAUCUGUUCGUCGUGUUCAAUUUGCCGUUGUCACAAAUUUGGUCAGCAAGAGUUGAGUCGACGGUGUUGAAUGGUGGAAAACUUGGGGAAGGGUAGUUUCUAGUUGUGGUCUCGUUCAGUGGUCCAGCGGCGUAUUUUGUGGAAGAUAGCCUGUGUAACAGUCUUUUUGUUUCCUCUUGGCCAAGUGGGAGAAGCAUGAGCGAAACGCGAGGCCCACGACCUCACGUGACCCUCACUUCGCUAAAAGGAAUCGGAAACCACUCCGACAAAGGCAGUGUACAACAAGAUUUUAAGAAUUGACCCGGUGUGUUCACCGACUCCCAAGGAUAUUCUGGGUACUACUGGAGCACCCCUUAGAAACUUUGCUUUGGUACCUACGAACCAUCUGGCGCUUUUGUAACAUUUCUUCGAAUCCUUGUAGUAUGUUCUCGUAUCAAAACUUCGAAGCAAUUAUCCCGAGAAGGCUCGCUUCCUUUUUGUACAUAUAGUGGAAGGAGUUGGUAAUAAAACACUGCUUUUUCGAACGUA